AUGAGAGACAAGCAGCCGAGCUGCAAUCCGAUGAGCAGGGAUCAGCAAGGCUCAGCCGCCGCUUUCUCACUUUUUCCAGGCUGCAGUGGCUGCCGUGGCAGCGCUUCGUCCUCAUCGCCAGUUCAGCAGGGACACAAGUCCCCCGGCCGUUUCACCCAGGUUGCUGGGCUGCGGAAUUUGCGUGGUGGAGCUGCUCAGCGAGAGCUUUCCCAGCGGGUUAAGCGACAACUUGCGCAAUGCCAGGUUGGGCAAAUUUUGAAGGUUGCCGACAAUUGUGCCGAUCACAUGACCCUUGAUGGGGCCGUGGCUGCUCUGCAGACACUGGCGCGAGAUCGCGAGUUUAAGGCGAAUGGCAAGGACCGAAGGGUCAGCGGCCUUCUGGACGUCUACCGGAAGUUCCUACUGCCGGAUCGAUGUUUUUUGGACAUGAAGCAGACCUACACUCAGAAAGAGUUCCGACUGAUGAAGACUGAGAUUGCAGCUUUCUGCGCAAUUGGUGCUGGUGCCUACGCAUCUGGAGCACUGCAAAGUGCCUUCGUGCCAGCUGCAGGAAAGCAAGAGAACCGAGGGCACCUCAGGGCAUCUCACGUCUCAAGCCAGGCGCCAUCCACAGCUUCAAGCUCCUCUACUGUUGUCUUGGCCUCUGCUGCUGCCGGCAUGGCCGUGGCUGUGGGUUCGGGGAAGGGCCGCCGUGUCCGCACACAGCAGAAGGCCCGUGGUGGCUUUGACACCGUGAAGUCAGAGGAAGUCUUCACUGAGGCGAAGACGCUCAUGCCGGGUGGAGUGUCCAGCCCUGUCCGGGCCUUCAAGUCAGUUGGAGGCAACCCAGUUGUCUUCGACCGCGUGAAAGGUGCCAAUGCAUGGGAUGUUGACGGUAACGAGUACGUUGACUAUGUUGGAACUUGGGGCCCUGCUAUCAUCGGACACGCAGAUGACACCGUUCUGAAGGCACUGAACGAGCAGAUGCAGAAGGGCACCUCCUUCGGCGCACCCUGUGCUCUUGAGAACGAGCUGGCUAAGAUGGUGAUCGAUGCUGUGCCUUCUGUAGAGAUGGUGCGCUUCACCAACAGCGGCACGGAGGCCUGCAUGGGAAUGCUCCGCCUUGUCCGAGCCUUCACCAAAAGGGAUGUGGUCAUCAAGUUCGAGGGUUGCUACCAUGGCCAUGGCGACGCUUUUUUGGUACAAGCCGGCUCUGGUGUCGCCACGCUUGGACUGCCGGACUCUCCGGGGGUUCCCAAGGGUGCAACCACCAGCACAUUGUGUGCACAGUACAACAACUUGGAAUCCGUCGAGGAGCUCUUGAAGGAAAACGAGGUGGCGGCCGUCAUCUUGGAACCCGUCGUGGGAAACUCGGGCUUCAUCCCACCCACCAAGGAAUUCCUUGAAGGCCUGAGAGAACUCACCACCAAGUACGGUGCUCUGCUGGUCUUUGACGAAGUCAUGACCGGCUUCCGCAUUGCUUAUGGUGGCGCCCAGGAACACUUCGGCGUGACUCCAGACGUCACGACGAUGGGUAAAGUAAUCGGAGGCGGUCUGCCAGUGGGCGCCUACGGCGGCCGCAAGGACAUCAUGGAGAUGGUAGCGCCGGCAGGGCCCAUGUACCAGGCCGGUACACUCAGCGGCAACCCACUUGCCAUGACAGCUGGAAUCGAGACGCUGAAGAGGUUGAAGGAGCCUGGCAGCUACGAACACCUCGAUAAGAUCACAAGCAAGCUCAUCAAUGGCAUUCUAGAUGCCGCACGAGAGAAUGGACACAAGGUCUGCGGUGGUCACAUCAGCGGCAUGUUCGGCUUCUUCUUUUGCGAGGGUCCUGUCACGUGCUUCGCGGAUGCCACAAAAAGUGACACCGAGAAGUUCGCUAAGUGGCACCGAAUGAUGCUGAAGAAGGGGAUUUAUUUGGCACCCUCACAGUACGAAGCGGGUUUCACAUCGCUUGCCCACACAGAGGAGGACAUUGAGAAGACUAUUGCCGCUGCCAAAGAGGUCUUUGCAGAGCUGUAA